CUUCAAGAGCUCAGCAACCUCCAUCAGUGGACGAUACCGUUGACGCGUUGAUGCAUUUGCGGCACCCUAUUCGAAAACACCUGAACGGAAUCAAGUAAUCAAAGCAUAAUUAGACGGCCGCCUACCUUACUUGUAAAAAAUUACCUGUUUUUAUGCAACACUCAAAAGCAGUGUAUGCAUAGAUUAAUUUUUUUAUAUCCACAUAUUUACCUUAAGCGUAAGGUAAAUAUUAGAUACUAGUAUCCAAUUGAUGUGUUUGAUUUUCUGCAGAAAAAUGUAUUUGGCAGUAUGCAAAGCAUCAUAGCUAGUAAAUUUACGAGCCGAUCUUUAAAUAUAGUAAACGGAAUGAAAGUUUAUCCAGGUUAUCUGUGAUCUGUUUUGCAGCUGGCCAGCUGCAUAAUCCGGAUUAUGUUUUUCAAGCCCGAUAUCUGGAUUUUCGAGAAAUUGCGAAACUUCAGAUGAAUCUUGGAAUUUACCACAAGUUCACAUCAAAAUUCGUAGUCUCUUCCGAAGUUUGAAGGAGUUUCGGUAAGGACCAAAACUCUUGAGUAUUUCCCUUAAACAGCUUGAAAUUCUGUGGAAAAAUCUCAGACCAGGGAAAGUCUUGAGGUUUUCGUCUCACUCCCCUAAGUUUUCUAGUUCGGGUUCCCAAAAAGCUGUCAAAAUUUCCCUCGAAGUUGGGAGUCUUUUUCUAAAUAGAAACCCCUCAACGGUUCAACAUCUUGUCUGUGAUACCUAAGUUCUUAGUGCUAACAUUUUGUAUCUAGUGUCCAAGAUGUCAUAUACUUGACUAAGGAAUCAGAUCAUACUUUUCGUAAUCAUCGAAGUAGUAAAUUUCCUUCUCAGUGUGUCUAGAUUCAUAAACACUUUUCUUCAUUUUAAAAUCAAGAAUAUUCUGAUCUUCGAUUUGCCAAUCCUUUUGAGCGUUUAUUUUCCACAGGGCCAACCACGUGAUUCUUGUAAGUUGGCAUUUUAUCAGACCAGCAUUUACGUGUCUAUGAGCCUAUAUUUAAAGUAUUUCACUUAUUCCAAGCUUCUACUUCAUUUUACAAUGUGGUAUCUUUGCGAUCACAUUUUCAAACUUCAUCUCAUGGCCUUUGCUAGGGACCUAGCACAAUCAUACUCCUCAGUCGGAAGUAGAUGGUAAUAUUUAAAAACCGAAAUCUUGGCUGCUCUAGGACUUCGAUAUUGGAAAUUUGAUCUGUCUCUGUAAUGUGUUAGUUAGUGGAAAUAAACCAACUUAACCGUUUUACUUUACCAAAAACAUGUGCAUCUUUACCAUAUUCACCGGUUUCGGUUCCUGAAAAAUCAACUAAGUAUUUUUUAUGACAAGUACAGUAGAACAGGAUACUACGAACUAUGAAUGCUGCUGUUGGAGAUUAUGGAUUCUGAACAUAUCGCUUAUCGGAGCACUUUUUUCGAAAACAAUAUAAUUUCACCUUAGCAACCCCCUGUAUAUUGACAUGCAUAAAAAGCCAUUUUUCGAAGUGCUGAAUGCCUCUCAGAGAAGUAAUUCAGAGUAAAUACUUCAUCCUUUACUUAUGACUUCCAUUCACUAGAGUGUGUCAUACUUGUCUAUAUCUUUGUACACCUGAACAUGAGGUGCUACUACCAGAAAUUCAUUUCACAAAAUCAAGGUAAAUAAUGUUAAUAUUUAAAUUUACUUGUCACAUUUAUAAGCCUUCGUACAUUAUAAAGAGUUGACUGUUGAAUCUUCUGAAUGAACACUAGUUAUCUGAUAUGUCACUCUAUUGAACAAACGUAUUUGGUAUUCAUAAUUCAGCAACCAUUAUUCUUUAUACAUACAAGCAUUGAGGGAUAUCUCUAUUUCUUUCGUGUUUCCAUUAGGAACCACGUCUUAUCAACGUUACUUAUUUACUUAAGGGAAAAAGUGCAAGUUUGCGAAAAACCUUAAUGCUAAAGUCGCUACACUGUAAAAAAAUUAGCCAGGAGAUAAACAAAGAAUUGGAAGUAAGAGUUUUGUUGGUAAUGAAAAACAAAAUUUGUAACUCAGAGAAAGGUAAGUAACUGGCAUAUGCUCUUCAUCGCGAUCAUGAUGAUCCUAUGUACCACAAUCAAAUAGUCUACAUCUGUUGAAAUAAUUUGGUUUAAUAAUGCGAUAUCAUCGAAUGGCGUUUUAUUGGUCUAUAUCAACCACCCAGUAGAUAAAUGUCUACAGUUUCGUCAGUCAUUUCAUCACCUUUAACUAUCCUUCUACACCCAGCCUCUGCAUUACUCACCUGGUUCCACCAUAAGCGACUACUGUUCCAACAGUUACUGUGGUCAGAUCUUAAAACUUUAUGCUUGUUAAAGCAAAAUAUAUUGACCAACUGGACCAAUGUACUGCUUUCUAAUAACCGGGUAACAACUUUAGACAAAUAUUACGAGAUAUCUGACCAAAUUAUCCAUAACUCUUAUGGGUAGAUAUAAUAAUCAGUAUUAUUUGAAGAUGGUAUAUAUCGUACACUAGCGUCAGCUGGAAAACCAGUGGAUAUUAAAUAGCUUCGGGUAUGUACCAUCCUAAAGCGGAGCUUCUUAGCAAUAAUAGUAUACGACCCUACAUGGGAUUAGUCUCUUCUGAUUAUAGGUGAAGUUUUAAAUAAAAAGGGGAUAUAGUUAUUAGUAAGCCUGUACUUUUGACUUAUAAAUUUCCAUGUUACAGCUUGUGGGUUAAUUGUAAGAAAUAUUUGUAAAUUGUGUCGACAUAAUUUUUUAUUAUCACUAUGAAUUUCCUAAUAAUAAACAUUGUUAAAAUUUAUUCCCGGUUUGCCUGAUAUGAUGAUUUUCAAUAUAGAUUGUGGUCUAUGAUUAUUGUAUUAAAAAACACGUGUUUCAGUAUCAAGUAUAAACAAAUUUUUCACUUUCAGCGAUAAUAUAUUGUACUCUAAUGCUUGGUAAAAUCGGUUACGAUGCGUCCUGGUUAUCUUCAAUACCGUGGAAGGCUAUCCACUAUGCUCUGUUAUUUUUGAUGAUUGAAAUAGUGACUUUUGCGUAUGGAGUUAUGGUGUUUAUUCUCCUAUACCAAACCUACAUUCCAACCGUAAAAUUGGAAAGAGAAUUAGAUUUAGUGUUUGAUACAAAAUGUAAUGUACGAACGGGGUGUUCCAACGUUUGCAGUUUUCCUACAGCCAAUUUCUCUGUUUCUGAAAGUGGGAUAUCUCUCUUAACACCCAAAUAUCCGUACAUGCUCAUGCUAAACUUAUGGCUUCCAGAUUCCAUUCAUAAUAGAAAUGCAGGUAUGAGUAUUAUCACCCUAGAACUAUAUGGCCGUGAACAUGUUCUUAUACAGCGAUUCCGAAAACCAUUUUCAAUGCCUUAUCGAUCUAAUGAAGUUCGAAUGAUAAGUAAUAUACUGUUUGCCCCCCUGUAUAUAAUCGGUAGGAUGAAAGAAGAACUGCUGCUUUCAAUUGAGAUGUCAUCUAGUUUCCAGUUCGAUGCGGUCAGUUUAUUACUGUAUACCUAAUUAUUUUUUAAAUUGAUGCUAACGGUUUAAAAUUUCAAAGUCAUGAUUUUUUCUGCCAAUGUAGUUUACCAAGAAGUUCCCGCCUCAAAAUAAACCUGGGAAAUAAGUGAUGCGCACUCAAACCAUUCACCGUGCUACUGUAUAGGUCCCACUGUGUUACAAAAACUUGAAAUUACCAGUGUUACAAUAAUUUAUUAGUCUUUUUGGAAAACUAGUCGCUUACAUACAAUGGAAUUAAAAAAGUAGCUCUUAGGAAUCACUUCGACAAACAAUAAUAGGUUUGCAUUGAAUAGAAUCCGUUAGUAUUGAGAUCUAAGCAUUAAGGAGAUACUUGGAUUCAACUCCAAGAAAGAUCACGUAAAAUGUUUCACUGCAAUUUCAUUACUGUUAGUAAAAGAAGUCUUAUUUUUUAUUUUCGGUUAAUCAUUGGAUAUGAAUAUAUCAAAAAGCAAUUUUUCCACGAUUACCUGUUUUUAAGGAUAGGGCUGAAAAUCAAAAAGCCAUAUAGGAUCUUCCACUUGUCUCUGCAACGACAGAAAGCUUCGGUUUUCCAUGACUAAAAAUAUCAGAUUGUGAAUAUAUCACUGCAAAUCCUGUUUAAAAUGAUUACAACUUGAUAACUGCGAGAUUAUUAACAGAAAUUUAAACUGUCAGUUUGCAGCAGAACAACUUGACAGUCACUUCAUUUACUGGGCAUCACUAGUUCUAACUUAUAAAUUUAGACAUUUUGCUUCAAAGCUACUAACAUUGAGUUAUGUGGAUCGCAAAUGAACUCUAAACACGUUUAGAUUUUUUGGAUAGAACAAAAAAAACAAUCGACGCAAAACAAUAUAAAUUUACUUUUAUUUGGUGAGUUCUUAUCAGUAGCUUACAACCUUACACGUUUAGGAUGAUAACAGUAAAUACUAGUUAGAAAAUUUAAUUAACAGUGGAUAUCAGCAUAAGUUCACGAAUUAAGCUAGUGAAAGAUAAUUUUCAAAUGAAUAAAAGAUCAAUAAGCUAAGCAAAGAUUGCAUAACUAAAAACAGAUGAACCUCACGUCAUGUUUUCGCGAUAAAUAUAUUUGUAGCUUCGCACUUGGAGCUAGUUGACUUCCGAGAUCUAAAGAGUGGAACCCGAAAUAAAACAGUUUCUGUAAUACAGGGGUUGUACUAACCGCUUUUUAGCCGUACUAGUAGGCUCUCUUCUCAGUCAGCUACAACGUAGGACCAGGCACAUAUAUGCAUCGGUCCAAGUUGCCAUACCUCAUUAACACAACAUGAUGGACACCGGAUUCAUAAAAGUAAUUAAUUCAGAGGUGGUAAUAUAUAAAAGAAAGAUUGCAAUAAAGAUAUAGUACAGGAAGAAGGAAUUAGUUCGUAGAAAGAAAUAUAUGAAGCGAUUUUAAUCUCUUAGUUGAAGGGAAUACAGAGAGUGUAUAUACCGACACCAUUGUAAUCGAUUCGGAGCCAUGUCACCAAGAGUCUCCAACCAUUGGUUAGAGACUCUUCUUCUAAAGAAAGAUCGUAAUCGUUAGAAAUAUUUACGUAUAAAUGCACACAGAAAUCCACCAAUAAGCAUUCUAGGACGAACGCAUCAAGUGGAAUACAGUUGUAAAUUAAAUUUUCUGCCCUCACCUUCAAAAAGAAUGAGACUGUUGGACCAACUAGUCUCAGAAUAAAUACCACAUUUAAGACUGUCUAUGCAACGGCUAAAGAACAAGUAUUAAAAGGAUAAAGAGAAGGGUCCAUAGUUGCGUUUACGAUCACCUUCCAGAAAACUUAAACCUAAACGACUCCACAUCCGUAAACAGUGCAAUCAGUCAACGUCUGGUCGAUGAUGGGCAUAUUGAUGACCUUCACCAACUCUUCUCAAUAAUUUGCAGGGAAAAGAGAGCAACUGCUUAACGGAUCACUCAAGCAGUAGCUAUUAGAAACUGAAGCAAAAUUUGUUGAAAUCGCGACGGUUGUCGACUUGCCAUGGCAAACUUAUAAUUUGUAUCAGUUUGUUAUAAAUUAUUCCCUGUAUUUUUUAAUGCAACCUACGCUUAGCUGAUUGUCAUUUCAUCAAGUUAGAAAUAAUCUUUUCUUUACAUUAUUUUAUGUUAACAUGAGCACAGAUAUCUGUUUAGUUGUAACUGAUUAACGUUUUAGACUCAACCAGUUUUGGAAGGUCGUAUCAUUAUGGAGUCCAAACGCUACUUAUGGUCAGCUUUGGAGCUUAAAAUACAGACGACGCUUAGCGGAUUUCAAAACGUUCUAUACUACUAUCCACAGGUUUCUUUCAUAAUUUGCAUAUCUGUCGUUUCAUUCCUUAUGAACAUGAUCUACAUAUCAUCCAUUCUUUUAUACAUAUUAUGGCGAUUUCUCAAGAAAUCCAGAAAUCCCGAACUUUCAAAGGUUAAAGAUGAACCAAAACCUGAAAACUACCCACUAUGCGGUGAGAUUGACUCUGAAGAUAAUUCAUUUUCAGAUUAAAUCUACGUAGAAAUUUGUAUCACCGUUGACAUUAUCCAUCACUUUCAGUUUCAUUACAGGUCUACUGCUGUAACAACUCAAAUGUUUCCUCUUAAUUUUUUCAUCAUAGCUUAUUUUUUUAUGAAACUAACUAAUUCUAGUCUUUGAAUUACACUUUUUUACAACUAAUGGGGUUUGUGAACGCCAUUUGUACUCUUCAGGUGUUGACACGGGUAGAAAUCCAGUUUUAUUUUGCACAUAACUAAAAUAUUCAUUUUACUCCUUAA